AUGAGCCCUGCCGCCACUGUUACGGGUAAAUCAGAUACAAGCUCAACAAUGUACAGCACCGGGGUUAAUUACCCUCUUCCAGCAAGCAUUAAGGAACAUGCCCGCCUGGAGGAACAGUCUGUAUGUCUUGCGGACUUAAUGGGUCGUACUUAUCAUGCCCCCUUACCUGCCGCACCAACACUGCUUUUGGACAUCGGGUGUGGAACUGGGGUGGUUACCACCUACCUGGGAAACACUUUCCCCACCGCUAAUGUCUACGGGAUUGACCUCUCACCCGUUCCACAAAUUCACCAUCCCCCCCCCAAUGUGAAAUAUAUCCAAGGAGAUAUCCAUGAAUUGUCCUCUCUGGACCCACGCAUCGUACAGGGGGCUGCGGACCUGUCCUUUGGUCGCCUUCUAGUAUGCGGCAUCAGGGAUUGGCUUUCGUGCAUUGUGGCCAUGAAAAAUUUGGUUAAACCAGGCGCUUGGGUAGAGCUUCAGGAUUUGAAUAAUCGCCUUUUUGAUAGUGACAAUAAGCGAGUUGACGUGAAUAUGGAAUGGAUGAGGGUACUCCGCGCCUCACUCGAAAGUAAGGGCUUAGACCCCGAUGCGGGAAUCAAUGCAAGAAAGUAUAUGGAAAAGGCGGGACUGGUGGAUAUACAGUCAUGGGAGUAUAAAUGGACCGUUGGGCCUUGGUUAGCAGACCAAGAGCCGCAAACCCGCCGCUUUGGUGAAUUUGAAGGCCGCGAGAUGAAGAACCCGUUAGCACACUUGCUCGAGGAACUGCCCGAUGGGGAGAUAUACGGGGAUAAGCUAAAGCAGUCCCUCCAGCAUCAGAUGAGAAAGGAUAUGGAGCCGAAGAAAACGGGAGAAAAGGGCAUCUACUUCACAUUUACUGUUACCAUCGGUCGACGGUCUUUCGAGUGA